AUGGCUCGCCGGGGCGUCGCCGCGCUGGCGAUGACCCUCGCGCUCCUGGCGGCGACCCUGGCUUGGGCAGGGACCCAGGCUUCGAUACUCGAGGACGCGGACUACGACGUGCAGGAGACCUGGAGCCGGGAGCCCUACUACACACACCCGGAGCCUGAGCCGGAGCUCUUCUCGACGCCGGUGUCUCCAGGGACCAGGGAGGAGGGGCGCGAGCCGCCUGCGCCCAAACCGCCCAAGAAGGCGACCAAGCCCAAGAAGAGGCCCAAGAAAAAGUUGGCUCCUGUGACGCCGCCUCCAGGACAAAACAGCAACAGAAAAGGUGCAAGGACCAGGAGCUUUGAGAAGGCUGCCAGUGAUGGUCAGAGCGCCCAUGUGGCCCAGGAAGACGUCAGAGAGAGUUGCCCACCUAUUGGACUGGAAACAUUAAAGAUCACAGACUUCCAGCUCCAUGCAUCCACAGCCAAGCGCUACGGUCUGGGGGCCCAUCGAGGGAGACUCAACAUCCAGGCAGGCAUUAAUGAAAAUGACUUUUAUGAUGGGGCAUGGUGUGCGGGAAGGAACGACCUACAUCAGUGGCUUGAAGUGGACGCCAGGAGGCUGACCAAAUUCACUGGGGUCAUCACACAAGGAAGGAACUCGCUCUGGUUGAGUGACUGGGUAACAUCCUACAAGGUCAUGGUGAGCAAUGACAGCCACGCAUGGGUCACUGUUAAGGAUGGAUCAGGAGACAUGAUAUUUGAAGGGAAUAGUGAGAAAGAGAUCCCGGUUCUCAAUGAGCUGCCAAGCCCCAUGGUGGCCCGCUACAUCCGCAUAAACCCUCAAUCCUGGCUGGACAGCGGGAGCAUCUGUAUGCGGGUGGAGAUCCUGGGCUGCCCAUUACCAGAUCCUAAUAAUUAUUACCACGGACGGAACGAAAUGACCACCACCGAUGACUUGGAUUUUAAGCAUCACAACUAUAAAGAAAUGCGACAGUUGAUGAAGGUCGUGAAUGAAAUGUGCCCCAAUAUCACCAGAAUUUACAAUAUUGGCAAGAGCCACCAGGGCCUGAAGCUGUACGCUGUGGAGAUCUCGGACCAUCCUGGGGAACAUGAAGUUGGGGAGCCUGAGUUUCACUACAUCGCUGGUGCCCACGGCAACGAGGUCCUGGGCCGAGAGCUGAUGCUUCUGUUGAUGCAGUUCCUGUGCCAAGAGUACUUGUCGGGAAACUCACGCAUCGUCCGCCUGGUAGAGGAGACCCGCAUUCACAUCCUGCCCUCCCUCAAUCCAGAUGGUUAUGAGAAGGCCUAUGAAGGGGGCUCAGAGCUAGGAGGCUGGUCUCUGGGGCGCUGGACCCAAGAGGGGAUCGACAUCAACAACAACUUCCCUGACUUAAACACGCUGCUCUGGGAAGCCCAGGACCGACAGAACAUCCCAAGGAGAGUUCCCAAUCACUACAUCACCAUCCCUGAGUGGUUUCUAUCGGAAAAUGCCACGGUGGCAGUGGAGACCAGGGCGGUCAUCGCAUGGAUGGAGAAAAUCCCCUUUGUGCUGGGGGGAAACCUGCAGGGCGGGGAGCUGGUGGUGGCGUACCCCUAUGACAUGGUGCGGUCACUGUGGAAGACCCAGGAACAUACCCCCACGCCGGACGACCACGUGUUCCGCUGGCUGGCCUACUCUUACGCCUCAACCCACCGCCUCAUGACAGACGUAAGAAGGAGAGUCUGCCACACCGAAGACUUCCAGAAGGAAGAUGGGACCGUCAACGGGGCUUCUUGGCACACUGUCGCUGGAAGUCUGAAUGACUUCAGCUAUCUUCACACAAACUGCUUCGAGCUGUCCAUCUACGUGGGCUGUGACAAGUACCCGCAUGAGAGCGAACUGCCAGAGGAGUGGGAGAACAACCGGGAGUCUCUGAUUGUGUUCAUGGAGCAGGUUCAUCGCGGCAUCAAAGGUAUAGUGAGAGAGUUACACGGGAAAGGGAUUCCGAACGCCAUCAUCUCUGUCGAAGGUAUCGACCACGAUAUUCGAACAGCCAGCGACGGGGAUUACUGGCGCCUCCUGAACCCAGGCGAGUACGUGGUCACAGCCAGGGCCGAAGGCUUCACUGCGUCCACCAAGAACUGCAUGGUGGGCUACGACAUGGGAGCCACUCGCUGCGACUUCACACUCAGCAAAACCAACCUGGCCAGGAUCCGCGAGAUCAUGGAGAAGUUUGGCAAGCAGCCAGUCAGCCUGCCAGCCAGACGGCUGAAACUCCGGGGACGCAAGAGGAGACAGCGCUGGGGAGGCAUGUGCUACGACGAAUGCCGGCUUGAUGUUGUGACCCACAAGUGGCUCCUGGAGGGGCCAGAGACGGGCUUUAGAGAAUAG